UAACCAGAAAAGUGAAAGACCUUUUUUUAAGUCGCUCCAGCAAAAUGCCGAGCCAGCUCGAGAAUGCAAUGGACGCGCUGAUGAAGGUUUUCUACAACUACUCUGGGAACGAUGGAGAUAAAUACAAGCUCAACAAGGGCGAGCUGAAGGAACUCUUGAACAGCGAGCUCACUGACUUCCUCAUGUCUCAGAAAGAUCCGAUGCUGGUGGAGAAAAUCAUGAAUGACCUGGACUCUAACAAAGACAACGAGGUGGAUUUCAACGAGUUUGUUGUGCUGGUGGCCGCGCUGACUGUUGCCUGCAAUGACUUCUUCCAGGAGCAGCAGAAGAAAAAGAAUUAGGUGUCUGAAGAAGAGCAACCUUAAAGCAGAUGUACAUCCACAUUUUAAGCAGAAGCGUGUCAGUGAGUCUGAUGUUCCAUCAGGUGAAUAAUUUGUGUAGUAGUUUUCCCACAGUAUAGGACGGUCAUUAAUGGAUGAUAGCACUCACUGUGCAGUACCAAUUUACAGCCUGGAUCUGUUACACAAUCACUUGAUCACACACCAGUCUUGUCUUAAACAAAUUAUUGUAUUUUUUGAGUUAUAAAUGUAACUAUGCAACUAUGUAGAGCCCUUUACAUAAGCCCCCAUGGUGUUGUUGUUGUGGGUGUUGUUCGUGUGUGAUACUGUGUUUUCAUCCAAACUUAG